UCCCUUGCCUCCUCCUGAUUGGCUAAGUCUUUCUUGCUCGCUCAUACUGGGGGGUGUGGAGCUACAUUCGCCUCAGCCAUGAGCUCCGUUACCGUCCGUUCGUCCCCGGUGGUGACCGUGCGGAUCAGUAGCAGCCUCAACACCUUCACAGCAGAGAAGAGGCUGGACCGAGGACACACUCUCGCAGAACUAAAGUGUAAACUGGAGCUGGUGGUGGGGUCUCCAGCCUCGUGUAUGGACCUGCAGUUAUACAGUACAGAAAACAGCUUUAUCCAGAACCUGGACCAGGAUGAUGCUCUGCUGGGCUCCUACCCUGUGGAUGAUGGCUGCAGAAUUCAUGUCAUAGAUAAGAGCGGUGCCAACAUUGGGGAAUUUGAGGAUCUGUCUAGAGUGGAGAAAUAUGAAAUAUCACAGGAUGACUAUGAGAAAAGAUCAGACUCCGUGCGUUCCUUCUUAAAGCGGAAUAAGUUGGGGAAGUUUAAUCAAGAGGAAGCUGCUCAGAAUGCAGCAGAACAGCAGCGAAAGCUGGAGGUGGAGAGGCUGGCAGCAGAAUCCAUCACACCAGGAAGUCGAUGUGAGGUGCGGGCAGCCGGACAGCCUACAAAGCGGGGUGUGGUCAUGUAUGUUGGUUUAACAGACUUUAAACCAGGAUACUGGGUCGGUGUGCAGUAUGAUGAGCCUUAUGGAAAACAUGAUGGAAGUGUUGAUGGGAAACGUUACUUCACAUGCUCACCCAAGUACGGUGCGUUCCUGAAACCACAGAAUCUGACGGUUGGUGACUUCCCAGAGGAAGACUUUGGUCUAGACGAUGAAAUGUGACCACCCUGUGCCAUAUCCAUUCGUGGCUCAUCCUCUACGCCCGAUUUCCACCUUCCAUCACUUUGUUCCAUUCAGUGUAUUAACAAUGUGAAUAAGUAGAUUUUAUGUUCUUUUUCUUUAAACAAAUUAAUGAAAUGCCUUGAUGUUCUGCUCUACUCCUCUACGUGCCCAUUUUUUGACCUACAUUGCAAAAACAGAGAACAUUGGAAUCAACAAAUUGGACACUUUUUAACGACUGCCUAUAUAUAGACUGUGAUUGGUAUACAAGGGGAGACAAGUAUGUAUGGGUCUAUCAUAUAUAUUUUUGCACGUAUUGAUGGUGAUUUAUAUAGACCUGAAACCUGAUUUGGUAACCUGGACUUUAUACUUCAAUGGAGUCAUGUUAUCUACUUGGGGGAAAAAAAGAUCCACAGUUACUCCCUGGACAUUCAAAUUCCUAAUAGGUCCUGUGACGUUACUCCACGAUCUCCGCUUUCAGUAUAUAAUAGUUCCUGUGACGUUUCUCCAGGAUCUCAGCUUUUAUUAUAUAAUGGUUCAUGUGAUGUUUCCCCAGGAUCUCAGCUUUCAGUAUACAGAGGAUGGGUAAAAGACCCCUCAAUUAUUUUUCCAGGAGAAUUAGGAGCUGCAAAUCUAAUCGGCAACGCAGUCAUUACGGGGCAGAUUCAUGUAGCUGCAUAGCUCUGUCUGCGCAUAUUUCCCAUUAUUACAGUAGGGACACCUUGCUUGUGUGUGUAUGUUAUUCUGCUUGCACCCCGGUGGGACGUGAGCAGAAACGAGCGUGGUUUUACUGACAGGAUAACCUGCAUAGUAUUAGAACACAAGGUUCUGACAGAACUAAUUAAAUCUGCCACUGGACUUGUAGGUGUAUAUAAAUAUACAUAUGUGUCCUCUAAAUAUUGACUAUUUUCAUUUUCAUUGUGACCAAAUGUAUAAUGUGUUUAAAUAAUUUAUUUUAUUCACUACAAAUAAAGGGAGUUUUACGACCCAAA